AUUUUGUCUGCUGGGUAAUCGUCUUUUAUGACUGUUGCUACAGUUUUAUAGUAGAUGAGAAUCUAUUGUGCCGAUGGCCCUAUUAUUUAGUUGUUACAGUUUGUUCAGUUCAGUAAGGCUUGUUAUUUUUAACGAAAUAUUAUAUUCCAUAUUUAACCAAAGAAAUUAUGUGUCUUUCUACACCAUCUCCACAAAAAUCAAAUAACGACGAUACUCCUUGCGCAAAUGUUCGUUCUAAUCAUAAAGAGAACAUCCCAAUUCGCACAAACGCCAAAAAUGGCAACAUUCUAUUCAGGAAACAUCAAAAACAAAUAAGCGGAGUAAACUCAGAUUCACGCAGUAGUACAAUAGAACUGGAAUAUAUUGAUAAACUUAGGCAUACAGAACAAAAUGCAGUCUAUAAAGAAUUAUGUCGAUGUGAGAGUAAAACGUCUCAAAGAAAAGAUAAGGAUGUAAUUUAUGAGCCGCAUAUUAGAUGGCCAGACUUAGCAGCACAGUCAUUUCUGCACUUUGGUGCCUUGUACGGUUUAUAUUUACUAUUUUCAGUGAAAUAUCAAACGUUAUUUUGGGUCAUUGCAACAAUUUGGAUAUCAGGAAUUGGGAUCACAGCAGGAGCUCAUCGCCUAUGGUCACACAAGUCUUACGUCGCAUCAUUGUCAUUAAGGAUUUUACUUAUACUUUUGUUUACAAUUGCCGGUCAGAGAGAUGCGUACACAUGGGCCUUGGAUCAUAGAAUACAUCAUAAAUUUUCAGAGACUAAUGCUGAUCCUCACAAUGCUAAGCGAGGAUUUUUUUUUGCACAUGUAGGUUGGUUAUUUCUUACACCUCAUCCCGAUGUAGAAAAAAAACGAAAAAUAAUAGACAUGUCUGACCUAGAAAACGAUUCUGUAGUCAUGUUUCAGCGUAAAUGGUAUAUACCCUUGUUUACCAUAUUUUCAAUCAUUCUUCCAGUCUUCAUACCUUGGUAUUAUUGGAAUGAAAGUAUGUGGUGUUCUUUUUGGAUAAAUUUCAAUUUCCGGUUUUGUUGUACGUUGAAUGUGGCUUUCUUUGUAAAUAGUGUAGCACAUAUGUGGGGACGUAAGCCAUAUGAUAAGAAUAUCAGUCCUGUUGAAUGUCCUAUAGUGUCGUUUUUAGCUUUAGGUGAAGGUUGGCAUAACUAUCAUCAUGUAUUUCCAUGGGACUAUAAAACUGGAGAAUUCGGAUCAUACAAAUUAAACGUAACAACAGGAUUUAUUGAUUUAUGUGCAAAGUUAGGUUUAGCUACUGGACGGAAAUUUGUUUCUUCAGAUAUGGUAAUUCGUCGAGCUGCAAAAUGUGGAGAUGGUACUCGAUUUUUAUGUGAUGAAUUCGCACAUUCCGAUCAAGUUUGGGGCUAUGGUGAUAAAGACAUGUCAAAGGAGGAUACUAAAGAAUUAGUUGAAAUGCUAAAAUAAAAAUUUUAUCCCUCUUAUUUUAUUUAUGACAAAACAUUAACAUAUAUAAAUUUCAUUAAGUUGU